AUGGUGAUCGAACAAAAAGUCCUUCACCAAAUCCAGUCUGCUAAGGCACUAGUGGACAUUGAGCAAGACGUCGCCGAUCAACUUCGCAACGCGAAUGUCCCCCUGGAAUCGAUCAACGCUAUUAUUUGGUCACACCACCAUAUGGACCAUACAGGAGAUCCAUCUCUUUUUCCCCCAUCCACGGAUUUAAUCGUUGGACCCGGCUUUAAGCGCAAUAAAAGGACGUUCCCGGGUUAUCCUACCAAUGCCGAUGCUCUGGUGACUGACGACGCCUUCUCGGGCCGUAGCUUGGUCGUGCUGGACUUCUGGAACGCCAUGACCAUUGGUGGCUUUUUGGCCAUCGACUUCUUCCAAGAUGGAAGCCUGUAUCUGCUCAAAUCAACCGGACAUACGCACAACCACAUCAGUGCUCUCGCCCGGACGUCGAAGGACCGAUUCAUCUUCCUGGGGGGCGAUAUCGCUCAUCAUCCCGGGGAGUACCGUCCAACCAAACACCUCCCGCUUCCGACCGAAAUCAGGCCAUCGCCACUCGGUGAGGAUAUCUCCUCGCCCUCCGUAUGUCCCGGUUCCAUUUUCGAGGCAGUUUCCUCUGCAAAUAUAAGAGGCUUAGAUGCCAAAGUCACUCCUUUCUACCAGUUGAACGCUGCAAUGAACGAGGAUCUCAAAGAUGCUGAGAUCGCUCUAGAAAAGCUGCUGCGCUUCGAUGGCUCAUCCAAGGUUAUGGUUAUCAUUUCGCAUGAUGCAAGUCUCCUGGAUGUCCUUCCUUUCUUCCCAAGGAGCAUUAAUGAGUGGGACGUCAAGGGAUACAAGGCAGAGGGGACUUGGAGAUUCUUGAGGGAUUUUGCUAGGGCUGCUGGUGGGACAACAGACGAAAGUGUAUAG